AACCUGGAGUUCUUCCGCCACGCUCAACACGAGGGGUCACUGCAAGAGUGGCGUACCGGGGGUGUGGCUUGGGCAGCGGCAACCGCUGAUUGGCAGUGAAGGGGUUCACGCCCCAUCUCCUGCUCGAGCAGAACGAGAACAGCCAAUCAGAGCGAGGACUGAUGGAAACGACCCAAUCCUGGAGACGGGCUGAGAGUGGGGGCGGGGACAAGUGGUUCAGGUGGAUUCAGGGCUGGAACUGUGCUGGGGAAGCUUCUUGCUCUUGCUGCUGCUGCUGUUCUUGGGAGUCCAAUCGCUAGCAAAAACCCCUCUCAGAUUUGAGGGGAGCCAUGAGCCGGUUCCUGAAUGUGUUACGAAGCUGGCUGGUUAUGGUGUCCAUCAUCGCCAUGGGGAACACGCUACAGAGCUUCCGAGACCACACCUUUCUCUAUGAAAAGCUCUACACUGGCAAGCCAGACCUCGUGAAUGGCCUCCAAGCUCGGACCUUUGGAAUCUGGACGCUACUCUCAUCAGUGAUUCGCUGCCUCUGCGCCAUCGACAUUCACAACAAGAUGGGACUCACAUGGACUAAUGUGGAACAGUUGCAAGCAAUCACAGCCUCUGGUCUAGAUAAUGUUGUAACCCGUGCCGGCCACUGGAGGGGGCUCGAGCUUUCUUCCCAACAGCAGUCAUCACCACAGUCAAGGUGGAAAGUUUGCUCAGGUCCCCAGGACAGCUGCAAAUGCUGACUUCUGUUUCCAGCAUGUUUUGAAAGCCCGGGACUUUGGUCCAAGACCUUCUGAUAUGCACUCUGAUUCUAUUCCCAACCUAACUGGAAACUCAAAAGCAACUCCCAGCUGCUCUCACUCUCUGAGACAGUCUGUUCUCAGAAAUUCUGCCUAUUUAAUGUGUAUAUCUCUAAAUAAACCUGCUUUCACUUAAAAAAAAAAGACAACUCCCAUACAUACGUAUUUACUAAGUGUCUAAAAACAUGCACAGGAAUGAUAAAAAUCAAACUUAAGAUAUUCCUUCUGGGGAAAAGGAGGCAGAAGAAUGGGAUCAGGGCGGGAAAAGGAUACACAGGAGGCUUUAACUGAAAUAUGAAUAUUUUAUUUCUUAGAAAAAAAGUAUCUGAAGCAAAAAUGUCAAAAUAUUCAGAUUUUUUUGUAUAUUUGAAGUAUUUCAUAAUUUUUAAAAUUUCUUAGUUAAAAAAAAGGUACCAGCAAUCUAAGUGGUCGGUCAUCCUCUCUUCUCCACCUCCUUGUCAAAGCCGAGGAACAAGUCCUCUUCCCAUGAGGGUGUCACUGUGUCCUCCAUCUGACCAUCUUGCUAGGUUAAGAUGCAAAAUAUCCACCCCACGUUGCAAGAGCAUCUAAAGGCCCCAGAAAGGUCCUUGCUACCCUUUCCCCACACAUGCCCUUCGUUCUAUGGCAUCCAUCAUGUGAGCACUGACCAGCCCCUGGCCAAACAUCUGCCACGCGGGCUUGGACUAGAGUCAAGCCAAUUUGAGUAAGUAGAGUACGUAAGCAUGAUUGGUCCAGAAUUGUCUACAGUGCCUAGGAUUGCCAUACUGCAGACUCUGCUUUGCUAUUGCUGGCUUCACCACCUUGCUAAGUAAGACUUGCAGAGGCCCUCUGGUUGCCUGGACCAUUCCCCUCUCAGUUUGGCAGUUGAAAUCUUCAAUUUUGCCCUAGAUGUGAAUAAAUUGAUGUGAUCAAGCAGCCAGGUCUUUCCCAGGACCAAGUCUCCUUUUUCUUUAGCCAUAGUCAUUUCCUGGGUUUUGAUUUGUGUGUUUCAAGUCUGAUCACUGCUUUUCCUCUGCACUGAACAAGCUGUACCUUCAGUCCCGUUUCUGUCUGCUCCG